GUUGACGAAUCUCACUCUUCGAGUACGCCAUAAUUAUGUUUUUUUGUUCGAGUCAGUGUUCUCAGUAUAAGUACCCUCAUUUGGUGAUAUUUUUAACAAUAUUUCCGCCCAGCUCGAAUUCUUGUCAGCAACAAUCAGUGACGUAGCCUCAAUCAUCUUCCCCGCCACGCAGCGCCACAGCUUAGGCACUGUACCUUGCCUGUACAGAAACUCGGGUCCGUAGCGUUGCGCAAAAAGUUCGCCCACCUUUGGCCUUGCCUUAGGCCAAGCCCACCACCACCCAACCAACGCGCUGCCGCGGCUCUCCCUCUUUAGUCUAAUCUUGAGUCGCAACCGUACAGUAGUACCACAAUCCCAAAAUCCGCCCCUUAAAUCCACCCGGCUGAUCGACAACUUGUCGUCCCUUUCCCCGCCGCCUGCGCCACCCCUCUCUUUCUUUCUCCCUCAUUUUGAAAGAUGGCCGGCACAUCAUCGCCUGGCACCGAAGGCCCGACUGUCGCACCUCCGCAUUUACCAUCAGGCUGGAUCGCUCAGUGGGACGGACAAAGUCGCAAAUACUAUUUUGUCGAGCUCGCAACGGGCCGCUCGCAGUGGGAAGUUCCGACAAAACCUGCCCUCGUCGGAGGCGGCACACCAAACAACGGCGUCGAUCACCCUUACGGCAUACCCGGCAGCGAAGGCAAGGGGCGCAUCAUCACGCACCCCGACGGCAGUCAAACAAUACAACACCCCGACGGGCGCAUGGAACCGAUCCUCCCGCCGGGAAUGGGUGGACCUGCUGACGGACAACGCGGAGGACCUGACGGCGCAAGGGGAAUGGACGGACCGGCCGGAGAUAGGGGCUUGGGGAGUUUCGCGCAAAGUGCGCUGAGCUCGCUAGCCGGUGGCAAGAAACAAGGCGGUAGCUCAAACCCUCUCGGGGACCUUGCCAGCUCCCUCUUGGGCGGCAAUAAACAUAGCUCCGGUGGAGGCGGAGGUGCAGGAGGCAAGAUAGUGAGCCAGUUGGCAUCCAGUAUCUUCUCGUCUGGGAAUGACAAACCGUCACAACCGAACAAUUAUCACGGCGGGCAGACCCAGGGUCAGCAGCACGGCGGUGGCCACUCGGGCGGUCUAGCAGGGCAGGUUAUGGGAGGAGUAGCCCAAAUGUUUGGUGGCUCCUCAAGCGGCUCGGGCAACAACUUUGGCUACUCAAACCCUGGUCACAGCGGCCCUUACAACGGCCCGGAACCCCCAAUUUCAUACAUGCCCCCCUCAAAGCCCGGUAGCGGGCCCCUCUCACCUACCACUCAGUCACAAAACAGCCAUGCCCCCUCAUAUGGUGGUGGUGCCCCUACGCAACACCAGUACGGAAGCCAACCACAACAGCAGCACCAAUCACAGCAACAUCACCAGCCGCAGCAUCACCAGUCGCAACAACCGCCGCACUACCCCCCUCCUCCAAACCAGUCAUAUGGACAGCAGUCAUAUGGUGGCAACCCACGCUAUUGAGCACAAGCAGCGCGUAAUCGCGGUAAUUGUAACUCUAAGCAGUAUGCGCCCAUCAUAUAUUUCGAUGUGAGAGUUGCUAAGGAAGGCUGAGAAGGAGGGGUUUUCUGUUUUAACUCGAACCUUCAUUUGCAACGUUUCUUUCCUUACUCAUUCUUUAAAGCUUCUCUGCCGGAAAGACAAAGUUCGGACAUACCACGAAACAUCUAUCUACAAGAUUUUUGCCGUUGCUAGGUGGUCAUUUGCGGCUUGAAGAUGCCCGGAGUUUUGCUAUCAGCUCCAGAAUACGGUUUCUUUUGCUCCUUUUGCUGUCGCUGAUAUUCGGCUCGAAAAUGACCUUCAGAUUCUAGACUCCUUCGAUCUCGCCCAGGCCCCGUGAGUUGCCUUGCUUAUCCUCCCCGCUACGUACAUUGCCAGCCAGUAGGCACCCAUCGGGCGAGUGCAUGAAGAGAUCCGAUUUCAUAAGGCGGCAAAAAGAUGUUUCCAAAAUCCAUCAUCAAGACGCGCGAUUCAUUAUUUUCCAUAACCGGCUGUACAGCUGCAUCUGGAUUCAAAUACACAACAUAUGAAUCUGGCAGUGAUUCUGGUAAGUGGGGUGGUGUGAAUUAUAUAUGCCAAAUAUUUCUCAUGCAGGCAUAUACAGGUAUACCAGUGGGCAAGGAAACAGGUGCGCUGAUAACCAAGCCUUGUUUACGAGAGAUGCAUUUUGCUUAUACUCUACCAAGUAACAUUAGAUUUAGUUGGCGUACCCGAUAAGAAUAAAUGAAUGAUCUGCAGGUGAUGAUUUUUUUCUUUUUUUUUUUCUUUUUUUUUGUUUCCCUUCUUA